AUGGAGAACAUGAGUAGCACUGAAAGCUUAUAUUUUGAUCCUGCCACAGGGAAACUCUGUACAUCAAGACCUUCUAACGACAAAGCUAUAGCGGUGGAUAUGAACAAGCAAGGGUCAGGAGGUUUUUUUGGAUUCAAUCUGGGAAGACAUGGAACAGAGAACGGCUAUAUAACAGUGCCCUUGGAGAUAAGUCCCAACAGCUGUGCGCUGGACCUCGACUGAUGAGCUACAGUAACAUCCCUGAAAAACAACAUUUGUGAGAAGACGUAUAAUUACAGACAGUGGCUUAUUUUCUGAAUUUGCGAUAAAAUUUAAUAUUUUGAAAGUGCCAGGUGACAUUUAAGAAGAAUAGCCUUAGAAAUGAACUCUGGCCUGUAGCGACAAUGUAAGUUGUUAUCCACCGUUACGCCAUAUUAUCAAAGUGAAACUGAACAAUUUUUGCGAUUUUGUUGUAAUAUCUAGGUAUCGUACACAUUUAAACUUAAAGAAUUUUGAACAUGUCCAGUAAAACGUGUCAGUCAUCUUUAUCCACUUUUUCAUACAUAGUCAUGGUGGAUGCAGGAUUUCUGGGCUGGGUUAUCAAGUUGAAGGUUUCAAAACGUUAUUUUGUGUUUAAGCAUUCAACAAAUAGAUUUUAUUGCCAAGUGAGAAAAACAACUGUGGAUAAUAGAUGCGAUUAAAAUCUAUCAAAUUGGUUAAGAUAGUCGAACAUUUUGCAUCUGAUGUGGGUGUUUCUUUCCUUUCUGUCUGGAUGUUCUCAAAUGUCGAAAAUCAUUGGAAGAAAUUAAGCCAAAAAUUAUUACUCCCUUCAUCUUUAAAAAUAUCACUGCGAAUCAUUUGACUUUCAGUUACUUUUUACUUUGUCUAACUAUUGCUACUUUGCACUUGAACUGUUAUGGCGGCCAUGGUGGUCGUUAACUGAACAAAAGCAUCUCCAGAGGCGGACGGAGGAUUUUGUGAAAAAGGGGCCCUAGAGAUAUAGAAAACAGUGGCGAUAUGGCGCAUCAAGACUUCGAACAGCGUACUUUUCUAGGGAGUUUCGGGCGCAUGCUCCUCCGCGAAAAUUUUUGAGAUUGAAAGUCUCUGAAAAUGGAAUCUAGUGUAGUGCAUUCUGGACGCUUAAAUUUAGUAAAUGCGAGGAUUCCAUUUUGAACAUGUAAUGCUGAAAUAUUUAUUAAACCACUGGUGUGGUUGUGGUCGAACUAGUAAUUAACGCAGGGGCCGAAGCGAUCGAUUGCUGCGAGAGCACAAUCUCCCGGCAAAGACAACGCUCGAUAAAUUUUCUUAUUAAUAAUGUUAUUUAAAGAAAAUAUAUUUAAGUAAUAAUUAGCUCGAAGUACCAUCCGACACACGUUUAGAAAAGAAAAAAAAUUCCCAGACAAAAGAGGGGGCCGGGGCCCCCUGCGCCCACCCUAAAUCCGCCGUUGAUUUCUGUUACGUUUGCUGGGAACUUGACUCUAUUUCCAUGUAAAUUCUUCGAAAAAGUAUUUUUGUUUUGUAUUGACCAGCAACAUGGCCACUUUAUUGUCAGGUAAUUUUAAAUCAAGAAUUCGUUGAUUUCUUAAAGAGAACUGUUUCUUAGAAUCUUGUGAUCAGCAUGAGUACACUCAUUAUCAAUGUUUUCUCGGUUUUCUUCAUUUUAUCAAUACACCUCUUUAGCUUGUAUGUUUUGUUUUCCCAAUAGAGGUGACAGGGAAACUUGACCCAUUGUCUUUUCAUAAAUUAUGCAUACAUAUGCCGCGUGAUAAAGACGAAAUUUGAGAGAAACAGUUCCCUGGAGUAUUAUCACAUGUCCUGUAUUAGGAAAACAAAACAUACAAGCUAAAAUAAGAGAUCUAUUCAUUUCUUUCAUUUUAUAUUAAGUUUCAUAGACUUUAUAGUGUUGUUUUACUUAAUUUUGCUUCAAUUCACCAUAUAUAAAUAUGUGACAUUCUAUACACUCGAAAAUUGUUGUCAAAUACUUUUGGACGUUUGGAUGUAUAGAGUGUUUUCACUUGACGUCACGACGGCCACAUUUGUGUCCCAAAACAAUGAAACGGCGGCCAUGUUGCAGUCCCAAACCAAUCCUGUGGGAGUUGAACUCUUUUCUUAUGCAAACGCUUUCUUUUGUUCCAAUACAUUUGCAUAUAUGCUGGCCACAUGAGUGAAAACACUCGAUUUAUAUCAAAAAUUAAAAUUCAAAGCUGUCAUUGAGAAUGCAUGAAAAUAAAGGAAAAAAUGGACAGUGACUUAGACAUGCAGAGGAGGGCCACGGAUCACAGUGUCGGAAAUUGACAAGCAGGUUCCGAAAUUUCUAGCGAAACGUUCUGAAAGUAUAUAUUAUGUUAACCACACGUUUUUUAAAUUCUUGGAAAACUGCAUCCACGAAGUGUGUUUUUAAGAUAUUAGUAUGUACAUAAAUUAAUUAAAAUCAAAACGAGCAGCGCAUAAUAUAGUGACAGUUUCUAUAACAGCCUUACGUCCCUGCUAAUUUUAAGGCGAGAACUGGUAGUAACUCAGAUUGUACUGUAUAAAUCUUUGAUUUUCGACUGACAACCUUUUCUGUAAAUAUACUUUUCUUUGAAGAAAAAUGUAAAUAGAAACUGAAUACACUGAGACAAAAAUAUCACAUUUCUGUUUAUCUUGCUCUAUGGCGUAAGUGUAUUCUUGACUGUCUGUUCCUCUUUUUCCACGAAUUGAGUCAACUGUAAUGAUUCAUACAGGCGUCAUGCAGACAACGAGAAAACUAAAUUAAGUCAGUUACUCUGUUGAUCUGUUCGUUAGUACGUGGAAAUUGAAACGAUAUCGGAACGCUCUCCACUCGCACAUGAAAAACCCCUGAAGGUAUAUAUCUGGUAUUCUUAAAAUAAACUAAUCGAUUUGCAGAUUGACUUCUGAAUUGAGGGCGGGGCAAGUGACAUUGAGACUACUGUUUCGGUCUUCUUGGAAAAGUGAAACAAAUAAAAAGGAAAAACAUUUCCACGAAUAUCGUAAUACUAAAGGCAUAGAUGGAAGGGUACUCUGAAUUAGCAAGGAGACAUCCCGUUGUAAUCUACAUUGUACCUAGAGCCACGUAGCUCACGCUAGAACCGCGCAAGUCCGAAGAAACACCUCUUCAUUUUCAAAAUGCAAAAUUCAAAACCAACUAACCACCUGUACUUUGAUCCUUCAACGGGAGAACUAAAGACAUCAAGACCAGCUGAUGGCCUGUAUGUCGAUCUUUCAACGGGAAAACGUGGUACAUCAAGGCCAGCUGAAAACCUGUACUUUGAUCCCACGACGGGAAAACUGAAGACAUCAAGGCCAGCUGAUGAGCUGUAUUUCGACCCUGCAACGGGGAAGCUUAGCACGUCUAAACCCCCAAACUUCUGA